AUGGAAACUCCUGACGCAAAGGGAUUCGUUAACGUCGUUUGGCCGAGCAAAAGCGUUGCUCAUGGAGGUAUAUUUCAUACUCGCGUGGCGGAACCAUCGGCCGCACAGAGACAGUUUUUAAAAGUUUUACUCGAAGAAUCUAAGCUUAGUAUCGCUCAGCGCAAGAAGUCUGCUUUGACUCUUCGUCAGUAUGAACCUAAAGAAACACUACCACGUAUUUCGGGUCCCACAGUACGGCCUCGGACUUCUCGAAGGCGAUCUCUAUCAGCCAUCAGGGAAUCAGGAAUAUUAGAUACAUCAGAUUACCGCCCUCUAAAACGCGGUGAAGAUCGCGAGAAACUCAAAGAUCAUCUCGCAAACUCUAUGGCAUAUGGUGAUGAAGAGCAACAGCCACUGCAGCCCCCUCGGCGACUCAAAUCACCUCCUAGGUUGCCUACUAAGAAGGAAAUGUGGCAUGAUUUAAUGACUCAAAUAAGGGAGCGUGCCGAAUGGCUAGCCGAAAUGGAAGAUUUGGGUCAUGGGGCGCCACACCGUGACCUUAUCCAGGACCAAAUAGCUGAACGGCUUCGCGCCCUUGAUGCCUUGAGCAUUGACGAGCCUUUCUCUGCUCGGUCCAAAGGCUCAGGAUUUAGCGUUAUACAGAUUGCUAAAGAUAAAGAAAGUGUCAGAAGCAAUGUGAGGGCUACAGCAAAGGAAAGUGCUAGAUCAAAUGAGCGUGUUAGCGCAAAGCAGAGUUCUGUAAGAUCAAAUGAGUCAAGAAGGCAAGAAAAAGUAACAAGAAAGAACAAUAAUAAAGAGGAAAAUGUGAUUUCAUAUCAGAAAUUAUCACCUUUGCAAUAUUCGCCAAGACGCAGAGUUUAA